AUGCCGCCGCGACUGAGCCCAAGAACAUUAGUACUAACAGAAGCUCCCCUACAUUCGUUAGCCGGGCCUAGCACUGCUUACGGUUGUAACUGUAGCAAGGCGAAAAAUCACAGAUCUCACACUCAUACGACAAUUAGUAGUGCAGUGCGAAAAGAAUUGGCAUCCUACGAAAAUCCCCACCAACACCCUCCUCUACCCCCACUUAAGGUAACACUAGUGAAACGUGAUGCUAGUACCGAAAGUUUGGACAUUCUUUCAGAAAGAACAAAGCAAGAAUGUACCUGUGCGUCGUACAGUCCAAACUCAAUUGAGGGCCAAAAAUGUAAAAAGUGCAAUCGUGACCCAAAAACCGCAUGUGAAGCGCCGCGUUCACAAAAAAAGUACCAUUCUUCGAAAUAUAAAGACGCUUCAACAUCACCGAAAUCGAAUAGCCCACUACGGACCACGUUAGAACCUGUUCAAAGUCCACGAAGUCCUAAAAGCCCUAAGAGUCCACGUGCCGAAGCUUCUACAGAUACUAAAUUUGAUUUUCCGAAUUCCUCACCGAAAACAGAAAACCAUUACAAAAGAUUAUCAACGUUAAGCAUAAAUGGAGCUGGAAGUAAAAGUCCAUCGAAGCAAUCGCACCCAUCGCCCAAACUUAGCCCCAAUAAACUAGCUCCUUUAGAUAGAAAUGAACGCGUGCUGGAGAAGAGUAAUUCUCUCGGAGAAAGUAAACCACAAAAGCUUCUUCGCACAACGAGGAGUUUAUCGCCGAGACCUCCGGUAAAACAUCAACACUCCAUUAUGGUUUCGGAUGAAAACGAUAUUAUUUCCGUAAAAUUGUCACCAAAUGAAGAAUUUAUUGAAAAUGGAAAUUCAAAUAAUCCGUUUAGGGAAGAAGAAACACUGUCAACAGACAAAGAACAGGAGGCACCUAGUGAGACAACAUCGCCCAACCUUUCGGAGUAUGGUUGUUUAAAGUUAGAGGAUGGAAGUUUGAAUAGUGCCAACAAUAGGAGUACUAGCUGCUUGAUAUAUGUUCCGUCUGACCCGUGGACCCGAAUGACUAGCAACAGUUUUACUGGUUCCUCUAAAACCAAGGAACUAAAUGCGAAAAGAAUCGAAAAUAAGUAUUUCAGCAAACCUAAUUUGGACUAUCUGGAGGACUCUGACCCUUGGGUAUGGCGCUCAAAUAUUACUUUAAAUGAGCGUUACGUUAAAAAGAAAGGAUCACUUCCACAUCAAACGAAAUCCCUGAGCAGUGCGCAUAGUCGAGAUGAGCUGGACUCAACACAAAAAUCACGAUUGUGCCAACAGAGGUCACUAACAAAAUUCGAAAAGAAUCUAACUAUUCCUGGUAUAGAUCUACACUUUGAUGCCAGAAAAAAAAUCACUCGCCCGAAAUUACAGCGUUCGAAGUCGCCAGCAUUCUAUGAAGAAUUUUUCCAAACGGAAAAAGAUAAAAGUCUGAGUAUAACUAGCAAAUCUGCGUCAUCGUUAAAACUAGAAAAGAAUCCCAGUAACUCCAACAUUAAUGGUGCCAAAUGUAACUGUUCUGAGGUAAAUUCACUCAAUCGUCUCAAUAGUACCAGUAACAACUUUCAGUCAGAAUGUGAACAUAUUUAUAAAUCCACAACAAGCAUCACCUCCCCUACAGGUAAAACGCACCCAUCUCCCAAGUGGAGCAUUUCCCAAGCUCCCAACUCUAAACAGCAGCCAGAAUUGGUUAAGGCAUCCUUAACGGUUCUAAAUCCAAACCUCUUACAACCACGACACAGUUUUUCCACAGUACCGUCGUCAUCGCCAAAAGAUGACGAACUACAAUUGAACAUUAGGCGAUUGAGCGAGCAGAUGAACAAAUAUAACGGUACCGGCAGCUUCCUUUCUCAAACUCAACCUCCGAAUUACAUGAACGAUACAAUACCGCUAGAAAGGAAGAAAACCGGGGGCAGUGGUGGGCUUUUGACCGCCACCGUUGUUGGCACCGGUUCUGCCGCUGACUCACGGAAACGUGCUUCGUCGCAUUCGAAAAUUAACGAGCCAAUAUUGGAGACACGUUGCUAAAAAGACAAUUCGACGUAUGUUUUUGGUGUGUAGAUAGUUGAUAGUUUCGAUUCGUUGUUUGAUUUCCAUGAUUUGAGUGUUGCGUUGAAGUUUUCUUGUUGUUAAGCUCUAAAACUAGCACAUGAAUAGAAUCGCUUCGUGAUAAUACUAGUUGCGACCUAGCUAGUCCAAAAAAGUCAUCGAAACACACAUAACUAGGCCAAGCGUACGGGAUUGCACAUUUAGCUCCUUUACCAAAAAAAUGUUUUUUACUAGAGCUUGGUUGAUGUUAAAACAAAACGCGAACAGAUAUUGUAGUUAGGUUAGAGUAUCUCCAGAUCAACCAAGAGCACGUUUGCCUGCAGCAUACGAAAUUUUUGCCAAUUCCUCGUCGUGAUAAAAAAUUAUCAUUCUAUUCUGAUGAAACUUCACUUGUGGUGGCAAUUAACUCUACAAACAUUUUUUUUUACAGAAAGGCCAUUGCAAAUCAUUUUCAAAGUUUUUGUCACCCCCCCUUGGAAAUUGGCUUGAAAAAUCGGGGACCAGAAAUUUUUUUAUAAAAUCAAUUGUCUGGGGGCUCUACAGUCUGAAAAACUCGAAAAAUGAGUGUACAAGUUGAGUUUACGCUUCUAACAUGAAACAAAAAUGGAAAUUCGAACAAUGGAAUUUCCGAAAAUCGUCCAAAAAAAUUUUCCUUCGUUUUUGUCUUUUUUUCGUAGAUUUUUGCAUAGAAAAUAAUAACGUAUAUAUUAUAAGCAACAAUAGAUUUGGUUUUCACGUUUAAACUUGAAAUAAUAAUGCUUAAACCCAAGUUUUUUUUGCUCGAUUAAAAAAUUCCCUUUGUUUUUUUUCACCCCGCCCCUUUAGUGGCCGAACACCGGAAGAACAAAAACUUUAUAAAAUAUUUGUAAUGGCCUAAUGUCGAAAGCGAAACUUUGAUUUUAGUUGAGAUUUUUGUAUUACAUAGGGAUAUAUAGGGUAGACUGCUGCAGGUUGAGAAAACUCGAUUAUUUUUGAAUGAAUGUAAAUAGUGCCUCAAAUCUUAGUCUAAACUUAGUUUAGAAGAAACUAGAUGAACAUUGUCCUUGUGAGCCGAGUGUGUGGGUCAUAAAAAAAUGGCCAAAAAUAUUUAUUGGAAACUUUUUUCGAACCAAUAUUUUUUUGGCUUCCUCCAAGAAUUGGUUAACCCUCUAACGGGUAAGACCGUCUGUAGACGGCCGUCGCUUUUGGAGCUCCAGAGCCACAUACGAAAUUUUUCAGAUUUCCUGACAUGUUGAUGUUAAUAUCACAGCAUUCUGACCAUGCGCUCAAAAGUUAUCAUCUUUCAAAAACAAGAAUUCCGAAAAAUUCCGAAAAAAAAUUAUGGUUCGAAUAUUCUCUUUUUUUUUCGUUUGAAGAAAAAGAACAUCUAGAACAAAAUAUUCGAUCUCAAAGUUUUCCUAUGAGUAAUUUACAUGUUUUUUUUUCAAUUUUGUGAUAUAUUUGAACUGAAAAAAAAUAUUUGGGAAGAGCGUUAGGCAUGAAAAACUAAAAAGAGAAAUUGGACUAUUUCAUACCCAGCGAUCAUCCAGAUAAAUAUUUUCCCAUGAAAAUCAAUACUUGAGCUUCUUUUGAGUGUACUUUCAUGAUAAAGUAAUUAUUUGCUCGAUCGCAUCGUUUGUACGAUGUUGCCCGUUAGAGGGUUAAGGCUUUUUUAUGUAUUUGAUGCGUAUUGAAGUGCUCUUCAACAUCAAAGCCUGUAUGUAUUGUGAUGACUGAUGAUAUAAAAAAUGGUUAUGUUAAAAUGGCUUGGCCGUGCUGCAGGUUGAGAAAUUGAAAUUUUUGCCAGGCGAAAUUUUUUUUUUUUCAACAUUUAAUCCAUUUUUUUAAACUGCUAUAUAAGCAAGUUAGACUUGUUUGCAAUGAGUGUUGUGCAUUUCAAUGCUUUAUACUGGGUUGAAGGUCAAGUAAACGGCGUCCCUACCUAUCGCUCUUGUCUUAUCUUGCCCAUAAUUUUCGAAAAAAAAUUGUUUUCAUUUUAUUUAAAGCUUGAUGCUCCAGAAAUACCAUAUGUACAAAUAAAAUGGAUUUGGUUUUCAUUAUUGUGAAAACGAAAAAUGUCUUAACCUGCAGCAACAAUUUUUUUUGCGAAUUUUAAGGACCUUCACGGAAAUGGCCAUAAUUUUUUUAUUUUUCUAAAAUCAAGUAUUUUGCAAUUUUUUCUGUAUAGCCAAUAGAAAUACCUUUCCAAUGAUGACACUCGUAAUUAAAAGAUUUUGAUGAAGUUUUAUGGACCGAAAACAAAAUUGGUCUCAACCUGUAGCUUUCUCCCCUACCCGUAUUUUUCACAUUUUCUAAUGAUUCUAUUUUUUCAUAGUGUUCGUUAAGAAAAAGAAUGAAGCUGAAUUUGAUACUUUUUUUAAAUUUUGACAGCGUAUAUUAUGCCAAAACUCACUUAGCAGACCAAGUACGCGACAAAUCAGCAUGUGAAUUGAUUCGGAGAAUUGUAACAUUGCAUUGCGAAUAGAAGCUUAUAUUUCAAGUAAUAAAACCGACAUGAACACUAUUAUGUGGAAUAACUUACGCAUACCUACCGGUUUUUAGUUCAAUUUAAAAAUAGAAGAAGUAAACAAGACUACAUGCAUGAGAUAUUCUUAGAAACUUGUGUCGUUUGCGUUUUGAAAUCAAAAUGAUUCAACGUUAUUCAAAAUUAACGUUUAAUAAAUACCGAUUUUCAUUAUUAUUGCUUGGGAUUAUUUCUAAUUUUUAUUUGAUCGGCUUUCCGUUGUCCACGGCAUAGCCUGAUGAACAAAAUUUCUUCAAUCACCUCGAUUAGGGGCUAUCACACUUCAAUUCCUUGGGCAUCGUGUACUCACCGCAGGAUAUCGCUCCACCUGGUGUAAUCACCGGGAUUCUUUCAUAAGUGAUGUAAAAAAAAAUAGUUCAAUUCCAAAUUUUAAUCACUCGAGCCUGAACAAUGAGAUUAACGUUACAUAGCAACAGGUGGAUUGUCGAUUAGGUAAUUGCAAAUGAUUUGUUUCGAAGCCAAUUUCUAUAGUUACUGAUUGCUUAUAAUCACUUCUAGUACGUAAGAUAUCUUGCUGGAAAUGAAAAAUCUGUUGCGUAAACAUCUGAUGGAUAAUACUUAGUACUGUUAAAGACCUUUAGUUAAUGAAAUGAUACUAUACAGCGGUAAAAUAAAACUACUUUAAUGAUUUAAUGAAGAUAUGGCGAUUUAUAUACAAAAAGAACCGAAUACACAUUUAACUGCCAACAACUGUAAAUUUGAUCCAUUUUAAUCAUAAUCUAUUGGUAUAGAACAAACUGGCUUUGGUUGUACAUACAUGAAAGCAACAACAAAAAUCAUCAUUUCGAAUUUUAAGAACCGUAUAUCUCUUACUUUUGUUGAAAAACUAUAAAAGGUUUGAUUCAAUUAACUGCUAUUAAAUUUUACUAGACUUGGCAGAUGAUUAUUCUGCUGUGAAAACCAGUUACGUAACCUGUUUGUUAAAUGUUAAACAAAUAGUUAAAAACUGAUGGUGUCCUGAGAAAUUUGGAUAACUCUUCGGAUUUUAUCAAUUGGAAAAAAAUACCGAUCAACAUUGUUUGUUUGUUAGUAAGGCAGACUAGUCAAUGAUACACAUUCGGGCCAAUAACUUAAAUAGUUUUUGAACCCAACCAACGAACUAACGAGCUUUUCAAUCCACUUGAAAGAUACCGUGAGGUGCCCUAAUUCCGUGCGGCGUCUAAUUCCGUCUACUUGGCUUAAAGAUGGCAGUUUACUAACGGAAUACGGUUAAUAUUUUCGAAAAACAUGUUUGAACGUAUACUCUUUCAAGCCUUCAAAAAUUGUUAGUAAAAAUGAGCAUGUUUUGUUAGAAAAUUUUCAAGGGUUAGUCCCUUAGAACAUUAAGAUAAGCACCCAUUUCCGUGUUUGUUGCAUACCAUUUAGUGAUGUCCGGUAUUCGCUCGAUUAAUCGAGUAAUGCAUAAUAAGAAAACUGUUGCACUUUUCUAGCUCUAGCUCUAGCUGAGCUGCUAGUCUUGCCUCAGGUUCUCCUACAUAAGAUUUAAUUUCACAGGAACGGCGUUGAUUGCGUUAAGUUAGUUCCGCAGGGUACUGAAAUAGAGGCACAGACAAACAGACAUAAUAUUCACUUUCCAUACUUCGCACGCUAUAACAGUCAUUUUAAAUUUAGUUUUGGUUGGAAAUAUCUCCAUAUUCGUCAAAGGGGUGCUAUUAACAAAAGGAGGAAAAGGUCAUUUGCAAAAUAUUUGCUUAUCCGAAGUAUACUUCUAUUGACAUAGAAUCAGGUUGGGAUCCCGUCUGGCGAUCUUGGGCCAUUCGUCGCCAAUGUUCCAGGCAUCUUAGAAGUCGCUUUCGACCUGCACGAACCAUCUUGCAUGAUUGGUCCCUCUAUUCCUGGUGCCGGUGAGGUUGUCGAACAGAACCGUUUUCGUCGCACUAUCGUCUGGCAUCCUUACGAGGUGUGAGAACUACCGACUAUCGCCAGAUGUACGAUACCCCCUCUCCAAGCAGUACAUAUCGCUCGUGAUUCAUACGCGUUACGCGUUUCACUAGAAGACGGCAAAGACGCGGAUGUCCUCUGUGAGCAGCGUCAUAGCUUCAAGUCUAUAUAAAACUACUGGUCAAAUAAGGGUUUUGUACAUUGUCUGUUCCUUCUGUGAUUUCCCGUUGGCGAAUUUAAGCUGGAUCUCCUUACUAUUGUAAUUAUCCGCGGUCACCAGCGAUCAAAUACACGAACUCAUCCUCCGCUUAAAAACACAGCCAUGCAACCCUAGGAGACAGGCAGAAGGAGUAUGGAUAUAGGAAGAGAGAACGUGUUUUUAAGUGAGGAAAAGCUCGAUGCCAGGCACACUAAUGAUGUUAUUCAUCAUGUGGCACGGUGUGGAACUCUAAACCACUAAAAACCUCACUGCUCCUGGCCCGAAAUUCCCCCGGGACCGCUACAAGGUGACUACUGCGAGGAGAGACUGUGCUUAUGCACUGCUCCAAUAACGGCGCUCUUGCUACCCAUCGAGACGUGGGGCUUUGCUCCCUUCGAGACGUGUACUAAUUGGGAAGUGCCCUCCAUCGCGACGCACACUCCGUCACAGCCACCCUCUCAGGACGAGCGAGAGCGAGAACGUGUG